GCGGAGACGCAGCGCUUCACAACUUGUUCCAUGUCGGCACAGCGCGCCAACCUCUCCACGCUCGGGAGCGCAAAGGAAAAUAUUCCUCUGAUCUAAAAGGCUCCACAGAAGUCUGUCUGGCAUGUCACUGACCAGAAUGCGUUGUUCCCCGCCGUCUUUUGUCCGUGGCAGGCAUCGCCAGGCGGAGGGCGCUGAUCUGUCGAUGAAUUUCUCCGGGAAGCUGAUAACCUUCCUCCUGCUGGUGCUGCUGGCGGCGCAAGACUGUUUCUCAUCUAAGGGAGAGGACAGGUUGUUCCGAAGGUUGUUCCGGAGGUAUAACCAGUUCAUUCGACCAGUGGAGAAUGUGUCUGAUCCAGUUACUGUGGAGUUUGAGGUGUCCAUAUCUCAGCUUGUCAAAGUGGAUGAGGUGAAUCAAAUUAUGGAAACUAACUUGUGGCUGAGACAUAUAUGGAACGACUACAAGCUAAAAUGGACCCCAAUUGAAUAUGAUGGGAUCGAGUUCAUUCGGGUCCCCUCCAAUAAGAUUUGGAGGCCAGAUAUUGUCUUGUACAACAAUGCUGUGGGGGAUUUCCUGGUGGAAGACAAGACCAAGGCUCUGCUGAAGUUUGAUGGCACGAUCACUUGGGUUCCUCCGGCUAUAUUCAAAUCCUCCUGCCCCAUGGACAUCACCUACUUCCCCUUUGACUACCAGAACUGCUCCAUGAAAUUUGGCUCCUGGACCUACGACAAAGCCAAGAUCGACUUGGUGCUCAUUGGCUCAAAGGUGAACCUGAAAGACUUCUGGGAAAGUGGGGAGUGGGAGAUCAUAGAUGCACCAGGAUACAAACAUGACAUCAAGUAUAACUGCUGUGAAGAGAUCUACCCUGACAUCACCUACUCCUUCUACAUCCGCCGCCUGCCUCUCUUCUACACCAUCAACCUCAUCAUCCCAUGCCUCCUCAUCUCCUUCCUCACCGUGUUAGUCUUCUACCUCCCGUCGGACUGUGGGGAGAAGGUCACCCUGUGCAUCUCGGUCCUGCUCUCCCUUACUGUGUUCCUGCUGGUCAUUACCGAGACCAUCCCCUCCACGUCGCUCGUCAUCCCUCUGAUUGGCGAGUACCUCCUCUUCACCAUGAUUUUUGUCACCCUCAGCAUUGUCAUCACCGUCUUUGUGCUGAAUGUUCACUACCGCACUCCCAUGACCCACACGAUGCCGGACUGGGUGAGAGCGGUGUUCCUCGGAGUGCUGCCCAGAGUGAUGCUGAUGAGGCGGCCUAUUGACCAGGGCUGCUCCUCACCUGCCAGAAUCACAGGAGGAGGUAACAAGAAGAGAAAGAACAGCAUAGGAGGAGGAAGUAGCUCAGGAAGUGUCAGCAUCGGUGGAAUAACUGGGGGCGUGCCGUGUCCUGCUCUGGAAAGUGGCUCAGGGGGAGGAGGAACCUCCUCAGCUGCGGGCUCCAUGAACUGUGUGGAAUAUGGUGAGCUCAACCGUGACUUGAACAGGAGGUGCCCCUAUAGAGGCAAGGAGGUACCGACUCCUGUUCCUCCCCCAAUGGCGCCAACUCCUCCUCAGGGGCCGCAAGUUCCAGGGCCGCCGGAGUCGGACCUACCAAAGAUACCAAGGCCCCUUAACGCCCCUUCACCGGUCAAUGCUGUCGUCGCCUUUUCUGUUGUGUCACCAGAAAUCAAGCAGGCCAUUGAGAGUGUCAAGUACAUUGCAGAGAACAUGAGGACCCGCAACAAAGCCAAGCAGGUGGAAGAUGACUGGAAGUACGUUGCCAUGGUCAUCGACAGGAUUUUCCUGUGGGUUUUUGUGACAGUGUGUGUGUUGGGAACGAUAGGACUCUUCCUACAGCCACUUAUCAGCUUCUUCAAAUGAAACACUCAUCUUUGUCCUUAUCUCUCAGUGCAGUAUCGUUGUCCUCCUUUUCUGCCUUUUGUCACUCCUUACUCUGUCUUUUGUCAUUUUCUGUGACUCCACCAUCAGCCAUCAUUGCUAGCCCUCAGCCGUCUGCUUCCUUAAAUGAACUACAGAGUUCUCCUCAUUCUUCAUAUAUUUUAAACCGCCAGCAAAUGUUAUCUGAUCUCCUUCUCCAUUCUCUAUUUGUCCAUCACAAAUUCUUUGCACUUUAUAAUCAUGUCUGCUUCAUCUUCUCUUUCUUUUCCUCUCCUGUACCAGGAAUUAACUUGCCAUUGGUGAAAUUGUUUCACUGUUACUCUCAUUCCAGUUUGCAUUUACAAUGUGUGUUUUACUAAAAAAAAAAAGAAGAAAAAGAACCUCUAAAAAGAACCUUAAUCACUGAAACAGAAGAACCUGAAUAACUUUGGAGUAGUAUACUUUGUCAUUGUAAGCCAGGCAAUAACGAUAUUAUAUUGUUGAUGACCAUAGCACAAUAUGUCCUUUUCAUUUAAAAGAUCUCUGACAGUUAAUUACAGUUAAUUAAUUAAGUUAAUUAAUUUCUGAGGACAGGAAAUCUUAUAUUUUACAUUUUACUGUUGUCAUAUACCUGCAAAUAAUGAUGUUUCUUUGUAAAUACUAUGUAGACUGUAGGUUUGUAGUGCAUGGCUUCUGAUUAGGACACUGGUUAUAAUUGUAGACCUUAAGGCAAAUAUGUUUUCAAAAACAAUUAUGCACCUCAUAUGCAUUCAGAAUAUCAGUGGAAAAUUAAAGUAUUGAAGCACUUUGAAUGACACGGUUUAGAUUAAACUUUUAAAAAGACUUUAAACAAAACUGCCUGUUGUCUUUUCUAAAGGUCGCGGCUUUGUGGUUUUGUUUGUUGGACUUCUGGUUUCUUUUUAAGAUGUUUCUUUUUCUCUGUUCAUUUAGGUUUU